GUAACGGGAAAAAGAUUCGCACACGGUUUUCGUUUCGGUUUCAGUUUGUAUUGACCGCGCGACGCGUUCUGGUCUUAGCGUUAAGUCCUCCAGUAACUAACUAACUUCGGACUAAAAAAAUACAAAAAAGUUAAAGACUUUUACACCUUACUCACGGUAUAACUUUUUCACGGCCCUUUUGGGCCGCUGAAUAAAACCAGUUGGUAAUUCGGACAAAAAAACCAGCAUUCGAAAGUUCAACACUCCGAUUAUAACUUUUGGGAUCCCUUGAUAAAUGGCCCACAUGCACAUAAUAUACAUAUGUGACAUCGAUUAGGUGCAGUGUUUCAGCUUCGGCAGCGAGUUGUUUCCGUCGCACGCAAUCUUAACCAACAUUGUUGUUAUAACCCUUAUUUAGCCAGAAGUUUGCAAUUUCGGCUGGCGUAUCUUGGCCAUUAACCGCUGACACAUUGGCAUUAAUGACACCUGGCCAACCAUGUUGUUUGUCUUGGGCUCAAGAAAACAAUUGCAAAUAAGAGAUAGGCUUUGCAAGAACCGCGUUGAUUAUUUAUUCGUAAUGCCUUGAACAUUAAGCAAACAAAUUGCAAAAAAUUGUAAAUUUAAUGGAUUUAUUUAUUGAUAAAAAGAAGUGAAGAUGCGAGUUAUCAUUUUCGGCAUCAGACAGUUGCGGUGCGCCACAUUAAACGGUUUUGCCACUUAGCGCUCUCCGUCGAAACCAUCGAUAAAUAAUGAUAAGUGUCAAUAACAAUGGCCAAAUGAUUCCCAACUAAGUGAAAAGAGCCACAGUUUGAUCGGUAUACAAAAACCUUGCGCACAAGGCAAAGACUAGCAGCCACUUGAGCAAACAGAAAGGUGCAUUAAGUAUACGCAGCGCAUCAAGUAUACGCAGUGAUGUCCAAUGGCAAGGCUGCCACAGCUGGCGCAGCAGCUGAGAAAAACGGCUCGCUGAACGAUCGUCCAUUGUUUAUGCAAAACAGCAACGGCGGUCGUAUUGCGACCAGCGAUGUGGAAGUCAGCAACUUCCGACGCGCCCUCCCACAGUUUCUAGCUGUUAGUAUUAAGAACAUAUUGCUAUUCGGGUAUGGCAUGACCUUGGGCUUCCCCACAAUCGUGAUACCCGCCAUUCAGGGCGGCGAGGGACGCACCGAGACCAGUGGCGAUAUAGUCCUAAACAAGGACGAGAUCUCCUGGUUCAGCUCCAUUAACCUGAUAUGUGUGCCACUGGGAUGCCUCUUUUCUGGACUUCUAACGCAGCCACUGGGCAAACGAAGAGCCAUGCAGUUUGUCAACCUGCCGAUUCUGGCCGCCUGGCUGAUGUUUCACUUUGCGACGCGCACGGAGCACCUGUAUGCGGCUUUAUGCUUGGCUGGUCUCGGUGGCGGAUUAAUGGAGGCGCCGGUGCUCACCUAUGUGGCGGAAAUUACGGAGCCCAAAUACCGUGGCAUAUUGUCUGCUUUGGGCACUACGUGUGUCAUCACCGGCGUUUUCAUUCAAUUCAUCCUGGGAUCCCUGAUGGACUGGCGAAGUGUGGCGGCGGUGAGCUCGGCCUUUCCGGUGAUCACCAUAAUAAUGCUGUGCUUUGUGCCCGAGAGUCCAGUUUGGUUGAUCCGGGAACAGCGUUUCCGGGAGGCCGUGAAAUCUCUGCAAUGGUUACGUGGUUGGGUUCCGGAGCAUAUGAUCGAGGCGGAGUUCAAUCAGCUCUAUGAUGAACUAAUCACCCAGAAGGCCAUCGAACUGUCGGCGGAUGGAAUUCCUCCGCCGGGUCAACGACGAACUCUGGGUCAACGGCUGAGGAUGUGGCGGAAACGCAGCUUUCUGGUGCCAUUCCUUCUGGUUUCGUUUUCCUUUUUCACGGGUCACUUUUCCGGAAAGACCCCACUGCAAACAUAUGCUGUGCAGAUUUUCCACACCCUCAAGGCUCCGAUGAACAAGUACCACGCCACUAUUCUUCUGGGAGUGGCUGAGAUGCUGGCCACCAUCCUGGGCGUUGCCCUAAUUCAUUUCACCGGAAAAAGACCUCUGGUGCUGGUUUCAACGGUGGGCACCGGCCUGUGCUUCUUUGGCACAGCAACCUAUGCCCAUUUCUUGAGUGAAGUGCCGGGAUUCACCGUCAACAACGUGGUGGUUAAUGCCUCGUCAAUUAUGCCCAAAGAGGGGAUUCUUUCACAGCAAAAUAUAUCCAGGAUCUUCGAGACAGAGCAACAGGCCAUCAGGCAGGAAACGGAGCGCUUUACUACUCAACUACCCGACAUGGAAACAACUACAAUCUUCGAUCAGGAAAUUUUUAAUCGCAGUAAGAGGGAGGUGGAUGAAAUGACGACCACCGAUGUACCAAUGGACACCACCAUGUGGCCUGAGCCAUCGAGCAGUGCGGAACCGAUAGCCUCUUCAUCGCUGCCACCACCCUCGACUUCGUCAAAACCACCCCUUGUGGAGGAACUUCUGCUGGUGGUGCCGAAACAGGAACACAACUACCUGGUCUGGGUGCCACUCAUCCUCCUACUACUCUCCGCCUUCUUCUCUCAUCUAGGUAUACGAAUGAUACCGUGGAUUCUCAUUGGUGAGGUGUUUCCGGCUGAGAUUCGUAAUUCUGCAUCGGGUUUUGCCGGUGGUGUGGGUUAUAUAUUUGGCUUCCUGGCGAACAAACUCUUCCUGGUGAUGCUGAGUGCCUUAACUCUGCCCGGAACAUUCGCUUUUUAUGCCAGUGUGGCCUUCUUUGGAACCAUUGUCUUGUACUUUACGCUUCCAGAGACCGAAGGCCGCACACUGGGUGAAAUUGAAGCUCAUUUCUCCAAGAAAUCCGAUAUGAAUCUGCUUCGCAAGCAGCCCAGCAACAAGUUACCCAUCAAGAAUGAAGCAGAGUUCCCCGGGAAUACCAUUAAUAUGCAAGGUAACUUCCAAGUGCCCAUCACAUCGCAGCAGCAGGCAAAGAUAAUCCAUUUGCAACAGAGCGACUUUACGCCGCGUUCCCAAAACGGAAGAACAGCAGGAGUUGGGAUGGCCAAUCCGGCUUUCGAGGAGAGCAACACCACACAUUUGUGAGGAGCUGCUUGUGGACUGUGUCAUCACCUAAACAUUAUUUAAAAGUGCUUAACAUUCCAGUGAUAUUUCUGAGAAAUAAACUUAACAAUUUAGUUUUAUGUA